AUGGCAACGAAUAACGCCGCGUUGCGCCUGAUCGCCGUCACGGGCGCCACUGGUCUGCAGGGAGGAUCCGUGGUGCGGCAUCUUCUCGAAACAGGACAAUUUCAGCUGCGUGGACUGACUCGGAGCCCUGACAGCGACAGCGCGACGGAGCUCGUCGGCCUUGGUGUUGAAGUUGUGCGGGCCGAGUUGGACGAUGUCCAGAGUCUUCGCGAGGCGUUUCGUGGCUGCUACGGCGUGUACGGUGUGACCAAUUGUUGGGAACAUGGAUGGGACGCUGAGACCAGACAUGGCAAGAACAUGGUUGACGCAGCGAAGGCAGAAAGGGUCAAGCAUUUCGUGUGGUCUACCAUGGAACACUCGGGAGAGCUCGACAUCUGGCAUUUCGAUUCGAAAGCCCGAGUAAACGACUACCUACUGGAUUCUGGCCUGGGCAGGACGUCCAUCUACACGGCCGCUUACUACGAGAACUUUGAGAAGCAGCUCCGACCGAGCAGGCGAACGGAUCCCAAGUCUGGUGAGACCUUCUACGAGCUUAACUUUAACGCGAUCCUCCCAGACUCCAAGUUCUUCGCUUUUUGUGGGACAGAGAUUGGUUCCUGGGUUACGCAGGUCUUCCUCUACCCAGAUAGAUACCUCGACCGUGAUAUCAAGCUGGUCGUCGAGUGGUUGACCACGAGGGAGAUGGCAGCAGCUGCUUCAAGAGUCACGGGCCUAGACGUCCGACCGCGCGAGUGUACGGUCCAAGAACUCGAGAAGACUCAGGAGCAAGGGGAGAUCUUUGUCGAUUUGUACAGGAUGACAAGGUACUAUAUCACGCACCCUCCGGAAACAGGGGUCCGUGAUCAGGCCGAAACGUUACAGAUGUUCCCGAAAGCUUCAACAUGGGAGGAUUAUGUCAGGAAGCACGGAAGAGACAUCUUUGGAUAG